ACUUCCUUCUUCGAAAAACACAGAUCUUCCAUUUUCCAAUGCUUUAACAUCCCCAAUCAAUAUUCUUCACGCUUCUUUCCACACACCUUCCUCAAUAUUAUCUCUCACCCCUCUGUUUCUUUUCAAUCGCUACAAAUACUCGCACUGUCUUACUUCUUCUUCGUCUCUCCCUUCCACUCUCAACCCUCCUAAAUCAUUAAGCUCUGCCUCUGCCAUGGCAACCAUCAGACACAAAGCCAUAGGCAUUGACCUAGGCACAACCUACAGCUGCGUGGCAGUAUGGCAACACAACCACGUUGAAAUCAUUCCAAACGACCAAGGCAACCGCACAACCCCUUCUUAUGUUGCCUUCACCGACACCCAAAGGUUGUUGGGUGAUGCUGCCAUCAACCGAACCAUCAAUCCUCACAACACCGUUUUCGACGCCAAACGUCUGAUCGGUCGGAGAUUCUCUGACAAAUCCGUUCAGCAAGACAUGAAGUUUUGGCCUUUUAAGGUUGUCCCUGGAAUACGAGACAAGCCCAUGAUUGCGGUCACUUACAAAGGCGAAGAGAAACACCUUGCAGCCGAAGAGAUAUCCUCCAUGGUGUUGUCCAAAAUGAAGGAGAUCGCUGAAGCCUAUUUGGGUCAUGAAGUUAAGGACGCUGUUAUCACUGUCCCUGCUUACUUCAGCAACUCACAGAGACAAGCCACCAAGGAUGCAGGGAAAAUCGCUGGUUUGAACGUGAUGAGGAUCAUCAACGAGCCAACCGCAGCUGCUAUUGCUUACGGGUUGGAUAAGAGGGUGUGGAGAGAGGAUGAACAGAACGUGCUUGUGUUUGAUCUUGGUGGUGGCACUUUUGAUGUUUCAUUGGUGACGAUUGAUGCAGGGAUGUUUAAGGUGAAGGCCACGGUGGGAGAUACCCAUCUGGGUGGCGUGGAUUUUGAUAACAAAUUGGUGAACCAUCUGGUGGGUGUGUUUAAGAGGAAGUAUAACAAGGACAUUAGUGAAAAUGCCAAAGCUUUGGGGAGGUUAAGGUCAGCAUGUGAGAAAGCUAAGAGGAUACUGUCUUCGAGUUCCCAAACCACUAUUGAGCUUGACUCUUUAUGUGGAGGGAUUGAUCUAAAUGCAACUGUUACGAGGGCGUUGUUCGAGGAAUUGAACAAGGACUUGUUCAUGAAGUGCAUGGAGACAGUAGAGAAGUGUCUCGUUGAGGCAAAGGUUGAGAAAAGGCAAGUGCAUGAGUUUGUUCUCGUAGGAGGGUCUACUAGGAUUCCAAAGGUUCAACAACUUCUAAAGGACAUGUUCCGUGUGAAUGGAAGAGUGAAAGAGCUUUGCAAAAGCAUCAACCCCGACGAGGCUGUGGCAUAUGGUGCUGCGGUUCAAGCAGCGAUUUUGAGUGGGGAAGGAGACAAGAAAGUGGAGGAGCUGUUGUUACUGGAUGUGAUGCCACUUAGUCUUGGCAUUGAGACUGAUGGUGGUGACAUGUCAGUGUUGAUUCCGAGGAACACCAUGAUCCCCACCAAGAAGGAGAGCGCUUUCUCUACCUCUUCUGAUAAUCAAAAAAGUGUGUUGAUCAAAGUGUACGAGGGAGAGCGGGCUAAGACAGAGGAAAAUUCUCUUCUUGGGAAGUUUGAGCUAUCUGGGUUCAGUCCUGCGCCAAGAGGAGUCCCAAAUGUCAAUGUUUGUUUUGAUGUAGAUGUUGAUGGCAUUGUGGAGGUCACCGCGGAAGACAGAAGCACGAGGUUGAAAAAGAAGAUCACCAUCAGCAACAAGCAGGGAAGGUUGAGCCCGCAAGAGAUGAGAAGAAUGGUGAGAGAUGCUGAGAGGUAUAAGGAAGAGGAUGAAGAGGUGAAGAAGAAAGUGAGGGCCAAGAACUUGCUUGAAAAUUAUACUUAUGAAAUGAGAGACAGAGUGACAAAUCUUGCAAAGGCAGUGGAGGAGACCAUAGAAUGGCUUGACAGAAACCAAUUGGCUGAAACUGAUGAGUUUGAGUAUAAGAAACAGGAGUUGGAAGAAAGGGUCCUCAAAGUUAUGUAAUGGUAAUUUUUUCUGUUCAUGUUUACUUUUAACCGAGUCCGAAGCAAUGUAAAAUAAUUCUAGCUUCGUUACUCAAUCAAACAAGCCUUUUGAGUUUGUCAAUGAGCUUCUCUGAUCUCGUUUAUGUACAACAUGUGGAAGUACUUAAAAGUAAGUAGUAUGGAUGCAAGGAAUGUUGGUUUAUGAUCUUUGUGAUUGUGUUUGUGGAACGAAGUACUCAUAAUUCCCAUUCAUAUUCAUAAUCCAACACGAAGUCUUGUAAGGACCAUCAAGCUUCUUAAUUAAGAUAAGAAUUGAGAGACUGGGUUUUUCA